AUGUUCCUUGCAGUCGAAACGGCCGGGGCGGACGACGUUCGCACUGCGGCGACGAGCUCGUCGUUCGGUUCGACAGAAGGACAGCAGAAAGACGAUCAGACAGACACAGACUCGUGUCAGUGCUUGCCUCCUCCGGACGGUCAUUUCUUUUGUUCACGACUUAUUUGGACUUGGGCGCUGCUCCAAACCGGUCUCGUUUCUGUCGUCAACAACGAUUUCAAGAUUGAGUGCGUAAUUCGGACGGUUAACACUGGUCAGAAGACAACUUUGUGGUGGCAUAUUGACUAA